ACAUUGUGCACGAUUUCUUUUAUUAUCUGCAUAAUUUUAGAGAAUUUUGUAAAAGUAAACCAUUCUAAGACAAGAUGAUUAUUCCAAUUCGGUGCUUUACCUGCGGAAAAGUUAUUGGCAACAAAUGGGAGUCAUAUCUGGGUCUCUUGCAAGCAGAAUACACGGAAGGAGAUGCUCUUGAUGCCCUGGGUCUCAAGCGCUACUGCUGCCGGCGCAUGCUUCUCGGUCACGUGGAUCUUAUCGAGAAACUACUGAAUUACGCUCCUCUAGAGAAGUAAACGUGUAAAAGGGGAGAUAAUAAAAAUGGGACUCGGGAAUAAACUAUAGAUUUAUUGUAAAAUUACAAAUUAAAGCUUCAUGCAACAAGA